GGACGCCUGUACUUCUGCAUCAUCAGUGCGGAGAAGCUUGUACUGGAUGUUGAAUUAAUCAAACAGAGAGAGAUGGAGAGAUGCCUGACACUCAUUUUACUGUCUUCAAUUAUAAUAUUCAUCACAGCUGACCGUGUGAAUGUGAGGCUAGUUGGUGGUCACAGUCGCUGUGCUGGUAGAGUGGAGGUUCUUCAUUGAGGUCAGUGGGGAACAGUGUGUGGUGUUGACUGGGAUUUGGCUGAUGCGGCAGUGGUGUGUAGAGAGCUGGACUGUAGAGAACCUGUAGAUGCUCUGAGCGAUGCUCAUUUUGGACCAGGAUCAGGACCAAUCUGGAUGAGUUUUGUCAUGUGUACUGGAUCAGAGUCUACACUGAAGAACUGUGGGUCAUCAGGAUGGGGUAAAAGCAACCGUGAUCACAGUAAAGAUGCUGGAAUCAUCUGCUCAGAAGUCCGGCUGGUUGGAGGUUCUCGCUGCUCUGGGAGGUUAGAGAUACUUGAUGAUCAGUCGUGGGUGUCAGUGUGUGACGCUGCCUUUGACCAGCAGGAUGCAGAGGUUGUGUGUAGAGAGCUGGACUGUGGGGCUCCUGUACAGGUGCUGGGAGAAGAUGCUUUUGGCAAAGGAGACGCUCAGAUGUGGACACAAGAGAUUCAGUGCAGAGGAAAUGAGUCUCAGAUUUCAUUUUGCUCAAUUUCAUUAUCACACAAACAAAGCUGUACCAGUGACCAUAAUGUGGGUCUGAUCUGUUCUGGUUACACAGAUGCUAAACUGAUGAACGGUUCAGACUCCUGUUCUGGAAGAGUGGAGCUUCGGUUCCUCAAUGAAUGGGGCACAGUGUGCGAUGCAUGCUGGGAUAUGAGAGCUGCCAGUGUCCUCUGUAGACAGCUGAAUUGUGGGAUUGCUGUGUCUGUUGUGGGAUUAGACUGGUUUGGAGAGGGAAGUGGUGAAAUCUGGGCUGAUGUGUUUGAUUGUGACGGGAAUGAAACAAAACUCUCAGAAUGUUCCAUCUCUUCAUGGAGUCGAGCUGAAUGUUCUCAUAGACGAGAUGUUGGAGUCGUCUGCUCUGAUUCCUCUCUGGCUGUUCAUGACGGUCUGGUGCGGUUGUCUGGAGAGAGACAGUGUGAGGGGGAGCUGGAAGUUUCCAUCCAUCAGGUCUGGAGGAGAGUUCUGCUGGACUCCUGGAGUCUCACUGAAUCCUCUGUGGUCUGCAGACAGCUGGGCUGUGGCUCUGUGCUGAACUUCUCCGGCUCCUCUUCAUCCAGUCCUGAACACAGUCAUGAGUGUGUGACGGGCUUCCAGUGCUCUGGGAGUGAAGCUCAUCUGUGGAACUGCAGCUCUCCACAAACCCUCAACUGCAGCUCCACACAACAGCUGUCAAUCACCUGCCUUGGUGAGAACAACAACAUCUGGGCAGAUUCUUCAGUUGUUAGUGAUCAAUAAUGUGUUUUUCUCUCU